AUGGAUUUGACUGAGAUCUCGGAGGGCGCGGACGAUAGUCGCAAGUUCGAUGAUGAUCUGAAACCUGCAAGGACGGGAACCUGGUUGAACGCCACUGCACAUGUUGUGACAGCAGUCAUAGGGUCUGGAGUUUUGGGUUUGCCAUGGAGUAUAGCGCAGUUAGGAUGGGUGGUAGGUUCUAUCAUGCUUAUUUUCUUUGCAUGGGCCACAUUCUAUACUUCGGCGCUGUUGGCAGAUUGUUACAGGCAUCAUGUGACGGGAAGGAGAAACUACACAUACAUGGAUGCGGUGAAUUCUCAUCUGGGAAAAAAACAGGUUUAUUUGUGCGCUAUAGCUCAGUACCUUAAUCUUCUAUGCACGUCUAUAGGCUAUACCGUCACUAGUGCAACCAGUAUGGUUGCAGUAAAGAGAGCAAUAUGUUUCCACAGGAAUGGUCACGAGGCUCAUUGUCACGUUUCCAACAUUCCGUGGAUGAUAUUGUUCGGUGGGAUUCAGAUAUUCCUGUCACAGUUGCCAGAUUUUAGUCAUCUGAAGUUUGUAUCGAUUGUAGCUGCUGUCAUGUCUGCGAUAUACUCGUUCAUUGGACUGGGGCUGAGCGUUGCCAGAGUGUCAAUUAACAAACAUGCCAAGGGUCCGGUGUGGGGAACUCAACUUUCUGCUGCCCAGAAGACUUGGUCCGUGUUUCAGGCUCUAGGCAACAUAGCGUUCGCGUAUUCCUUCUGCAUGGUGCUGAUUGAAAUCCAAGACACUGUCAGAGGGCCACCUAAAUAUGCAAUGGAGAAUGUGACGAUGAAAAAGGCGACGAUAUGGGGGAUAAGUAUCACGACGGCGUUUUACACAACAGUAGGUUGUUUGGGUUUUGCGGCAUUUGGAAUCCAUGCUCCGGGUAAUAUUCUAACCGGAUUUGGAUUCUACAACCCGUAUUGGAUCUUGGCUAUAGGAAAUAUAUGUGUGGUUAUACAUCUUGUUGGUGCAUAUCAGGUUUAUGUACAGCCAAUUUUCGCUGCUCUGGAACGAGUUGUACACAACAAUUGGCCUAGAAAGAAUCUAAUUGGGUUCCGCUUGAUAACUAGAACUUUGUUUGUGAUAGCAGUCACUCUCGUAGCUAGCGCCUUGCCCUUCUUCAACGAUAUCAAUGGUUUUAUUGGAGCGAUAUCGUUUUUCCCUCUCACUGUUUAUUUCCCCACUGCAAUGUAUAUAAAAUCAAAAGGCAAGGCACUUACCUCUACCAAAGAGUUAACCAUGAUAUGGGCUUUGAGAAUCAUAUCCGGCCUCAUAACACUAGUUGCCAUUAUAGGGUCUGUAGAGGGGAUCCGUAGUUCUGUACAGGGUACAAAGCUUUUUCACACCAAGAAUUAGCUGAUUACUUUUAGUUGAGAUUCUACCUUAUGUAGAAAUACGUACAUUUCUGUACAGGGCG